AUGUUAUUAUAACUAAUUAGUUAUUGGAUUCCAAUUUUAAGGCAAAUUAAUAAUAAUAAAUUAUUACUACAUAUUUAUUAAUAAAAUAGCGGUGAAAUGUCGAUAAUACCCAAUUUAAGUGGUAUAUACCACAACAAGAAACCCCAUUACCUCAAUGGCAACUCUGGAACCGAUACACUCUCUGAUAAAGGUCUGAAUAUCUGUUGGUCGACAUCCCAGUUACCUAUCGGUCCGAGUCCUUUGGUGUUAACCGGACCCUCAGGAAGUGGUAAAAGUACUCUUCUAAGACAAUUGAUGGAUGAGUUCAAGGAUUGCUUUGGAUUCAGUAUUUCCCACACAACACGACAUCCCCGAGCGGCGGAAGUAAAUGGUAGGGAAUACCAUUUCAUAACACACGAAGAGUUUGAAAAAAGUGUAGAAAAGGAAGAGUUUCUCGAAUUCACGCGUUUCUCGAAUAACUAUUACGGCACGAGUAAAAAAGCCGUCAAAGAUGUACAAAAUUCGGGUAGAAUUUGUAUAUUAGAUGUCGAAAUUGAAGGCGUCAAGAAUCUCAAGAAAACUGAUCUGAAUCCAAGAUUUGUGUUUAUUAAACCACCAAAUAUGGAUAUAUUGGAAAAACGUUUGCGAAGUCGUGGUACAGAAACUGAAGAGGCCAUACAAAACCGUCUGAGACGUGCCACCGAUGAGAUGGAAUUCGGAGAAAUGAACGGUGUAUUUGAUUUGGUUAUUGUUAAUAAUGAGAUUGAAGAGGCAUAUAAUGAGUUGAAACAAUUCAUUGUUCAGGACAUUCAGGCUCUUAAAUUUUCUCGAGGAAUGUAAGCCUUUAUAAUGAUUCCCAUUAAUAAUGAAACCAAUGUUUUUCAACAGUAUUUUUAUUAAUGAAUGUAUGGAUGAAUUUAUAAAUUCGUUAUCUUAUAAACGGUUAUAAUUGUAAAGUGGUUUAAACAUUUACAUUAGUGUUUUGAUAACCUGUAUUGAUAUUGAUGAUAACAUUUAUAAAUUUAGCUUACAGUACCAUUAUUGUAAAUGUAUCCAAAAAUAUAAUUUUGAUAUACAGGUAAUUUAUAUAGAUAUUAGUAUAGAUUAUAGCGUAUUUAAAGUUGUAAAAAUUAUUAUUUUAACAAUAUCUAU